AUGUCGACGUCCACCAUCCUGCACGCUAUGAUCUUCACACUCGUGCUGCAACAGAGUUUAUCUACCCAGAAUACACCUGGAAUUACCAAUGACCAAGCGGAAUUGGCCCUCUUCGCAACGACGGACAAGUCGUCUGAAAAUACCACCGUUAAUGUUACGAUAACACACGUCGCUGUUAACGGAACCAGCAACUUCAAUAACGUGGAACCGAAUUUGAUCGAUGACUUUUCACCGGGCAAAAAUUCAUUGGAACAAAUUUUUAAUAGAGUGAGAGCUGACAUGCUCAAAUACUACGUAUUUACUCUGAACCUUUUGAGCUUUAUCUGCUGCAUCUUAACUAUUAUCGUCCUUCAAAGAGGAGCCCUGAAAUCUAGCUCAACCGUGUACAUCCGGGGAAGUGCCAUGUCUAGCAUCUUCGGCACCCUACUCUACAUAGUCUAUACCGUUCAAUACCAUAAGACCGUUUCGCAGUCUAUCGCAUUUAAGAACUUCUUCAGCUAUAUUGUCGCAUAUGGUGACGCUUUCUUCUACAUUAGCAUCGCGGCAAAUUCCUGGAUUAUUCUCGCAUUUGCUCUGGAGCGUUUGUUUGCUAUUUGGUUACCUCUAAAAUCUCGCGUGUUCAGUAAUGAAUCACGGGCAAAGAAAAUCGUCGCCCUCAUUUUUGUUGUCGCCAUUUUGGUGAACAUUCCACGCUUUCUCCGUGUGACAGUUACAACCAGAAUUGAUCCUCUAACCAACAACACUCUUCACGUCUGGGCUUACACAACUUUUGGCAGGGAUCCAUUUAUCCGUAAUGCUGUUUACAUCUCCUUUGCAGUUAUUGUCAUUAUUAUACCAUUACCAAUUUUAGCCAUCCUGAACUUGCUGAUAAUAAUAAAGCUACGCAGUGUGAAACGUAAGCAACUUCGACUUAGAGAAGGUAACACAAAGGCGACGAGCGGCUUUGAAGACAAGAGGCAAGUACAGAUGGAGCGGGUUUUAGUGGCAAGUCUACUGGCAUUCCUUAUUUGUUACACGCCAAUGGCUGGAACAACUAUGACAGUAGCAUUUGAAGGACCGAGUGUUUUUAGUACUUUUCACUUUGGAUACCGCUUACUGUUCUUAGUGGCACCUCUUUUCUAUGUUUCCUGUCCUUGUCUCAAUUUUGUCUUGUAUGUGUUGUGUAGCAAGAUCCUUCGGGAUGGCGUCAAGGAUCUGUUUUGUGUCAAAUGUGUAAAGAAUGAAGGCGCAAUUGGUCAGCAGCUAGAGUCGUCAAAACACACACACAGAACAGAUGCGGAAAACAAUGCGACUGUGGACAAAAACUCUGUACCUUAA